AUGUAUUUUCUCUUUGCUUGCUCUACACGACUGACAAACAAUGUCGCUGGCUCUCUUUUGUUUAACGGCCCCAGAUUGUCGACGCGUCGCGUCUUAGCCUUUCGCCGCCGCAGUACACCACGUACUCCACGUCGAGCAUUUGCUUCCGCUUUGCCUCCUCUCGCUGAAGAUGUUGAGCUACUGGCUGUUGGCGGAAGUGGCCAUAUUAAGCUCAAUAUACUUAGAUCGGCAACGAACGAUGUAGAGUCAACCUCAAACGCGAUCAUCUAUCUACCCCCGGGGCCAAUAUUCUCAGACAAUGCAAUUAAUGAAUCGACCAUGCCCAGCAGCCAAUCGGCCAAUAAUUAUGGAAAUGGGCCGAAUCCGCAGGAAUUACUUGCAAGAAUAACGGGCUCGACAAUCAUUACAAUAAACUACCGCCUAGGAUACGUGCCUGAGGAUCUACUCGACAACAACAAUAACAACAGUGAAACUCGCAUUCUUCGUCAAUACCCCACUCCAGUGCACGAUGCACUUGCUGGGUUCGAUUGGGUUUUGAACACAAUUCGCCCCGAACGACUGGGCGUCGUUGGAUCAAAUGUUGGCGGCUCGCUGGCUCUAAUGUUAGCAUUGACAGAAUUCCAAAACAUAAGGGCAGUCGCCGCGUACGAGCCGAUAUGUGACUGGACCGGCUUAGACGAAUACUGCACUGUGGAUCCAAAUGAUAUUGCAGAAGUUUCCAAGAAGGGAGACGCUGAGCAAGAUGUCGAGUUGGAACUUAUGCAGGCGCAAAUAGAGCAGAUCAAGCAAAGCUCGCGGCGCAAGAGGAAAAUUGCCCCGCCUGAUCUGGUGCCAUUGCUCAAGGCUAGAGAGCAGUUCUUUCAAUCGCCUUCCAAGUACUUUGACCCAUUCGCUUCUCCGAUGUUACUCCUCAGAUCGGCAGGAAAAGACGCGCCAAAUGCGUUUCCCAAGUAUCUCACCGGAUCCGAAUAUCCUACGCCGGUUUUACAAAAGCCAAUCAUUGACGAGGACUUGGUCGAUCUAUGGGAUACAUACGUACAACCAGACAUGGACGAGAAGCUGUCAUCGGCUGAAGCAACUGCAAACGACGAGCGGCCUACACGGCGCCGAAAGGCACUCUCGCGGUGGCCACCAUUUGGUCUGGAUUUUUCCACUGACGGUGUUCUUGAAGCCAAGUUGCCAUGGGUAAAAAUAUUUGCUCAUAUAGACGAAGAACAAGCACCUGCGCCUGCUCCCACCGUCGAAACAGACGAUGCUAAAACAGCCCCGGAAAGCGACGCAUCUUCGAGAAAGCGCCGGUCCAAGGCUAAGGACGCCUUAGGCGACUCCGUCUUGGCGAGUCAGGCAAAGGAAAUGGUGUCCGUCAUGCACCGCGCGUGUUUCUGGGGCCGUGAAAAAGGCUAUGGUGAGCAGGUAGUAACACUCAGUCUGCCUCGAACUAUUCCAGUCAACGACGAUGGCAGCAAGUCGAAUGAUCCACAAGCGGCUGCCAUCAAUGAAACUGGGUCCUGGUUCAACGAUGUGCUAUGCAGGGACCACGAUGUCACCGUAUCAUUCAAGCUUAAAUACCUUAAAAUGGCGUUCCCCACCGUCUCCGCAUUUGCGACACCCCGGGCCUUUCUCGGCAGUGCAUGCAGGGUUCUUCUCACCGCGCUCCUCGUGCAUCCUGGUCUAAGUGUCGCAACACCAGUGGGCAUGGGUUCCAACGUCAAGCUGAGCGGCGAUAAUGCGACAACAUCCGGCAACCCAAUCUUCCCUGGCUGGUAUGCCGAUCCCGACGCCCGUGUCUUUGAGGGUCAGUACUGGGUCUUCCCUUCGUUGUCGCUAGAUUACGAUCAGCAAACCUACUUCGACUGCUUCUCGUCCCCGGAUUUGAUCACCUGGACCAAGCACGAGCGCAUCCUUGACUUUGCGGAUAUCCCAUGGUCGACCAACAGCGCAGCGUGGGCACCGACCGUGACGUCCAAAGAUGGCACAUACUACAUGUAUUUCAGUGCCGGUGACGGCGCGGGUAUUGGUGUCGCGACGUCGACAAACGGUCCUGCUGGUCCUUACACCGACGCUCUUGGCAAACCGUUGAUCCCCGAUGUCGAGUUCGGCGGUGAACCCAUCGACCCGGAUGUUUUCAUUGAUGAUGACGGCUCUGCCUAUCUUCUCUGGGGCGGCUGGUCUCACGGAAUCGGUGCACAGUUGAAUGACGACAUGAUUUCGUUCAAGACUGAUUACCAGGAACUCACCCCACCAAACUAUGUCGAGGCACCUUGCAUGAUCAAACGAAAUGGAGUGUAUUAUUAUUUGUACAGUGUUGGAGGAUGGGGUGAUAACAGCUAUGGCGUGGAAUAUGUGACAUCCACUACUGGCCCUCUGGGACCUUUCACCAACACAUCCACCCACAUUCUCUCCCCCGACGACAACAUUGCCCAGGGAACUGGAAGCAACGGAGUCAUCAAUGUACCGGAUACCGACGAAUGGUACAUCGUCUACCACCGCCGGCCUCUCGGUGACGAUGCUGCCAAUGAUCGCAAUGUCUGCAUAGAUAGGAUGGUGUUUAACGAUGAUGGCUCUAUCAGCCCUGUUACCAUCACGACGGACGGUGUUCCUGCUCGGCCAUUGUCGUAA